GCCCCGACGGCCCGGGGUGCGUGUGGGCUGUGUCGGGAGCGCGCCCACCGGGCUCUCGAUCGGGCACCAUGAGCGGCGGCGAAGUGGUCUGCUCGGGAUGGCUCCGCAAGUCCCCGCCGGAGAAAAAGUUGAAGCGUUAUGCAUGGAAGAGGAGAUGGUUUGUGCUACGCAGUGGCCGUUUAACUGGCGAUCCGGAUGUCUUGGAAUAUUACAAAAAUGAUCAUGCCAAAAAGCCUAUUCGUAUUAUUGAUUUAAAUUUAUGUCAGCAAGUUGAUGCUGGCUUGACAUUUAACAAAAAGGAGUUUGAAAACAGCUACAUUUUUGAUAUCAACACUAUUGACCGGAUUUUCUACUUGGUGGCAGACAGUGAGGAGGAGAUGAAUAAGUGGGUUCGUUGCAUUUGUGACAUCUGUGGGUUUAAUCCUACAGAAGAAGAGCCUGUGAAGCCGCCUGGCAUCUCCCUACAAGCACCAGCUGAUUUGCCUUUAGCUAUAAACACGGCACCACCGUCCUCCCAGGUGGAUUCGUCUGCUGCUCUACCUCCUUCCUAUCAGCUGAUCAGCCUUCCACCACCCCCGGAAACUCUUGGCAUCCAGGAGGAUCCCCAAGACUACCUCUUGCUCAUCAACUGUCAAAGCAAGAAGCCUGAACCCACCAGAACACAUGCGGAUUCUACAAAAUCCACCUCUUCUGAAACAGACUGCAAUGAUAACGUCCCUUCCCACAAAAAUCCCGCCUCCUCCCAGAGCAAACACGGAAUGAAUGGUUUUUUCCAGCAGCAGAUGAUGUAUGACUCCCCGCCGUCGCGGGCUGCGUCGCUGUCCGUGGACCCCAGCCUUUAUAACCUGCCCAGGAGCUACUCCCACGAUGUGCUACCAAAGACGUCUCCCUCGAGUACCGAAGCAGACGGGGAACUCUAUGUUUUUAAUACCCCGACCGGCAUAUCGAGCUUAGAGACUCAACUGAGGCAUGCCUCCAUCAGUUACGACAUUCCGCCCACACCUGGUAACACUUACCAGAUCCCACGAACAUUUCCUGACGGGACCUUGGGACAGACGUCAAAGCUAGACUCUAUUCCAGAUAUUCCCCCGCCUCGGCCGCCGAAACCGCACCCGGCUCACGACCGAUCUCCUGUGGAAACGUGCAGCCUCUCCCGCACAGCCUCGGACACGGACAGCAGUUACUGCGUCCCUACAGCAGGGAUGCCGCCGUCACGUAGCAACACCAUCUCCACCGUGGAGCUGAACAAACUGCGAAAAGAUGCUAGUUCUCAAGACUGCUAUGAUAUUCCACGAACAUUUCCAAGUGAUAGAUCUAGCUCACUUGAAGGCUUCCAUAAUCACUUUAAAAUCAAAAAUGUGUUGACAGUGGGAAGUGUAUCAAGUGAAGAAAUGGAUGAAAAUUAUGUUCCAAUGAAUCCCAACUCACCACCACGACAACAUUCCAGCAGUUUUACAGAACCAAUUCAGGAAGCAAAUUAUGUGCCAAUGACUCCAGGGACAUUUGAUUUUUCUGCAUUUGGAAUGCAAGUUCCUCCACCUGCUCAUAUGGGCUUCAGGUCCAGCCCAAAGACACCUCCCAGGAGGCCAGUUCCCGUUGCAGACUGUGAACCACCCCCCGUGGACAGGAACCUCAAGCCAGACAGGAAAGGUCAAAGUCCUAAAAUUUUAAGACCCAAACCCCAUGGUUUAGAGCGAACUGAUUCACAAACCAUAGGUGACUUUGCUACAAGAAGAAAGGUCAAGCCAGCACCUUUAGAAAUAAAACCUUUGCCAGAGUGGGAGGAAUUACAGGCUCCAGUUAGAUCUCCCAUCACCAGGAGUUUUGCUCGAGACUCCUCCAGGUUUCCCCUGUCCCCACGACCAGAUUCAGUGCACAGCACAACGUCAAGCAGCGACUCACAUGACAGUGAAGAGAAUUACGUUCCCAUGAACCCAAACCUGUCCAGUGAAGACCAGAGUCUUCUUGGCAGUAACAGUCUUGAUGGAGGAAGCAGUCCUGUGAUCAAGCCCAAAGGAGACAAGCAAGUAGAAUACCUCGACCUCGAUUUAGACUCUGGGAAGUCCACACCACCACGUAAGCAAAAGAGCAGUGGCUCAGGCAGCAGUGUCGCUGAUGAGAGAGUGGAUUAUGUUGUGGUUGACCAACAGAAGACGCUGGCUCUGAAGAGCACGCGGGAAGCCUGGACGGACGGCCGGCAGUCCACAGAGUCGGAAACACCCAGCAAGAAUGUGAAGUGAAAGCAGCACUCUGCCGUUUCCGAACGAGAGAGAAGCACAUUGGAGAGAGAAAUCCUUUUUUGAAGAUGACUUGACACUCUAGGUAGAUCCUUGUAGGAUUGCAGUCAAAAGACCUUUCAGACAUAAUCAAGCAAUUUAGACUGUAAAUGGUGCUUUGUGGUAUCUGAACAAUUCGUGCUGUGUAAAUAACGUGGGGAAAUAGUAUUUAGCUCCCAGAGAAACAUCUGUUCCGUAAUUAACACACUUGUAGUAUUACUGUAUUUAUGCACUUUUUCAUUAAAAACAUUGGUCUGGGUAUUCCCCCAUGUACUUUAACAGAAUUCCUUUCGAACUUCCUGCCCCUCCCCCCUAAACCCCCA